CUCGAGAUUCGCCAGAUGAUCCUAGAGUUAAUUGUAGCAGCCUCAGAUCACCGUCGUAAGUCUAGCUACGCCACCGUAUCCUUAGAAUUCCAGACAUUUUUCGAAACUAGGAAUUUUCGCAGCCUGAGGAUACAGUCGUCGUGCUUGGACGAUUUGGAUCGGAUGGUUAGAGGGAAAUGGGGAGGACGACGGGUGGGGUAUGUUGAGAGGAUUUGUUUAUGUGUUGAUCCUGAUAGACAGCAGGGUUGGAGAAAGAACCAAGCCAGUUUUCCCAACGUAAUAAGCAAUCUUUUGCAUAUCCUCUCUCGUUGGAGAAAAGCAGGCGAGCGUGAGCCAGAGCUGACUUUGGAGCUUAUGAACAUAUAUGGUCAGCCGUUUAGCUAUGUUGGCUCGAAAAGGAGAAUUCGUGAGUUGGCGAAUUUGGCGAUUUGGGGAUAGUUAGUAAGGUAGGGUAGGGUAGGGUGGUGGGAAUUAUGGAUUUGUUACUACCUACUACUGGGGAGGUAUAGAAGGUGUAUGAGAUAGAUGGAGUGGUGAUAAAAGCAAGGUCUGAAUUGAAUAAUUUGAUUUAAUUGCGAUCUUGAUGUUUAUUGGGUAUAAACAUCAUACUGAAAAAAAGUUGGUGUUGCUAGAAGAAGAAGGGGAAUUACCUUAGUGAGUGACUCCUCGGGGACGCAAAAACUACAAAAUCAACAAAAGCA